AGAGAAAGAGAGAUAGGAACAUAGGCUUCUGUCAAGGCGCUGUAGUUUUUUCCCCCCCUCUAGCCUUAUGCAUCCCUACAAAUUACUAGGUGGAUAACGUGAAUUUAGAGGAUUUUUAAAAACACCGGGUCUCUUUGUUGUUUUUAUUUUUUUUUUUUCAUUAUUAUUAUAAUUUCUUAUUUUUACUCCUCGGUGGAUGGUUUUUGUGCAGCAGCAGCAGCAGACGCCCGAGCUUGUAAAGCAGGUGUGAGAGACAGCGGCGACCGCUCCUCUCCUCCCUGUUUUCCAAGGGGAAAUGUCGAGCGAGAAGCCGGUUUCAGCACCGCCGGGCUCUGCUUCCUCGCUCACGGACCCAGACCAAGACUCGCACCCGCCUCUUCCCCCUCCGCCGGCGGGCUCCACCGCUCAGCCGCCGCCACAGCAGCAGCAGCAGGUCGCCGCGGGCGCUGGCUCCGGCUCCACCGGGGAAAAGAUGGUGUCUGCGGCGGGCUCUAUGGUUCUCCCGGCCGGGGUGAUCAACCCCGCGGUUCCGAUUCGGAAUAUCCAGAUGAAAUUCGCCGUGCUGGUGGGCCUGAUCCAGGUCGGGGAGGUUAGCAACCGGGACAUCGUGGAGACGGUGCUGAACCUGCUGGUGGGUGGCGAGUUUGACCUGGAGAUGAACUUCAUCAUCCAGGAGGCGGAGAGCAUCGGCUGCAUGGUGGAGCUGCUGUCGCACUGCGAAGUGACGUGCCAGGCGGAGAUCUGGAGCAUGUUCACCGCCAUCCUGCGCAAGAGCGUUCGCAACCUGCAGACCAGCACUGAGGUGGGCCUCAUCCAGCAGGUGCUGCUCAAAAUGAGCACGGUGGACGACAUGAUCGCAGACCUCCUGGUGGAUAUGCUAGGAGUCCUGGCUAGUUACAGCAUCACAGUCAAGGAGCUGAAGCUGCUCUUCAGUAUGCUGAGAGGAGAAAACGGCAUCUGGCCAAGGCAUGCUAUCAAGCUGUUGUCGGUGUUGAACCAGAUGCCUCAGAGGCACGGUCCUGACACCUUCUUCAACUUCCCUGGACGCAGCGCAGCGGCCAUAGCGCUGCCACCAAUUGCCAAGUGGCCAUACCAAAACGGAUUUACCAUCAACACUUGGUUCAGACAGGAUCCACUCAACAACAUCAAUGUGGACAAAGACAAACCAUACCUCUACUGCUUUCGCACGAGUAAAGGAAUCGGUUACUCUGCUCACUUUGUGGGAAACUGCCUCAUCGUGACAUCCCUGAAGUCCAAAGGAAAAGGCUUCCAGCACUGUGUAAAAUACGAUUUCCAGCCACGUAAGUGGUACAUGAUCAGCAUCGUCCACAUCUAUAACCGCUGGAGAAACUCAGAGAUCCGGUGCUACGUCAACGGUCAGCUGGUCUCCUACGGCGACAUGGCAUGGCAUGUCAACACCAAUGAUAGCUAUGACAAGUGUUUUCUGGGUUCAUCAGAGACGGCAGAUGCGAACAGAGUCUUCUGCGGUCAGCUUGGAGCCAUUUAUGUUUUCAGUGAAGCUCUCAACCCGGCUCAGAUCUUUGCCAUUCAUCAGCUCGGUCCAGGAUACAAGAGCACCUUCAAGUUCAAGUCCGAGAGCGACAUCCACCUGGCUGAGCACCACAAGCAGGUGUUGUACGACGGCAAGCUGGCCAGCUCCAUCUCCUUCACGUACAACGCCAAGGCGACGGACGCCCAGCUCUGCCUGGAGUCGUCGCCCAGGGAAAACCCCUCCAUCUUUGUCCACUCACCGCACGCGCUCAUGCUGCAGGAUGUGAAGGCAAUUGUUACCCACUCCAUCCACAGCGCCAUCCACUCUAUAGGAGGCAUACAGGUCCUGUUUCCGCUCUUCGCUCAGCUGGAUUACAAGCAGCUCAACGACAGCAGUGUGGACACCACAGUCUGCGCGACUCUGCUGGCGUUCCUGGUGGAGCUGCUGAAGAGCUCAGUGGCCAUGCAGGAGCAGAUGCUGGGAGGGAAGGGCUUUCUGGUGAUUGGAUACCUGCUGGAGAAGUCGUCUCGGAUUCACAUCACCAGGGCAGUCCUGGAGCAGUUCCUGUCUUUCGCCAAGUAUCUGGACGGUUUACCACACGGGGCGCCGCUCCUCAAACAGCUCUGUGACCAUGUCCUCUUCAACGCAGCCAUCUGGAUACACACACCUGCCAAGGUUCAGCUGUCCCUCUACACGUACCUGUCGUCAGAGUUCAUCGGCACCGCCACCAUUUACACCACUAUCCGCCGUGUCGGCACCGUCCUGCAGCUGAUGCACACUCUGAAGUACUACUACUGGGCUAUAAACCCCUUGGAGUGCAGCGGAAUCACCCCCAAAGGCCUCGAUGGACCACGGCCGUCCCAGAAGGAGAUCAUCUCGCUCAGAGCCUUCAUGCUCCUCUUCCUCAAACAACUCAUAUUGAAGGACCGAGGCGUGAAAGAGGACGAGCUGCAGAGCAUCCUCAACUAUCUGUUGACCAUGCAUGAGGAUGAGAAUAUACACGAUGUGCUCCAGCUGUUGGUGGCUCUUAUGUCUGAGCACCCGGCAUCCAUGAUCCCUGCUUUUGACCAGAGAAAUGGCAUCAGGGUCAUCUGCAAGCUCCUGGCCUCGAAGAGUGAAAGUAUACGGGUUCAGGCCCUCAAAGUUCUGGGCUACUUCCUUAAGCACCUGGGCCACAAGAGGAAGGUGGAGAUCAUGCACACGCACAGUCUGUUCACACUGCUGGGAGAAAGACUGAUGAUGCACACCAACACGGUCUCCAUCACCACCUACAACACGCUGUAUGAGAUUCUGACAGAGCAGGUGUGCACCCAGGUGGUUCACAAACCCCACCCUGAGCCCGACUCUACUGUCAAGAUCCAGAAUCCCAUGAUUCUGAAGGUGGUGGCUACCCUGUUGAAGAACUCCUCACCCAGUGCUGAGCUCAUGGAGGUCCGGAGACUCUUCCUCUCCGACAUGAUCAAACUCUUCAGUAAUAGCCGUGAAAACCGACGCUGCCUGUUGCAGUGCUCGGUGUGGCAGGACUGGAUGUUCUCCCUCGGUUACAUCAACCCCAAGAACCCGGAGGAGCAGAAGAUAACUGAAAUGGUGUACAACAUCUUUAGGAUCCUUCUCUACCAUGCUAUCAAGUACGAAUGGGGGGGAUGGAGGGUCUGGGUGGAUACCCUCUCCAUUGCACAUUCAAAGGUGACCUAUGAAGCCCACAAAGAGUACCUGGCUAAGAUGUACGAAGAGUACCAGCGUCAGGAGGAGGAAAACAUGAAGAAGGGAAAGAAAGGCUCCGUCUCCACGAUAUCUGGUCUCUCGGCCACGCCGGCCCCAGUCGUCAACGGCAAUCUGGAGAUAGAGGACAACUCUCAGACGCAGACCCCUGAAAGCGAAGCCGAGUAUGGGGAAGGGGCCGGCGGGGACUCGCGCAACCUUCUCGCCGAAGGUGCGGUGAAGAGGCCGAACGGCGAAGCUUUGACGCCCGGGGAGCAGAAUGCCGGUCCAGGAGUGAGAGUGGAAGUCCACGACCUCCUGGUGGACAUCAAAGCUGAAAAGGUGGAAGCCACCGAGGUGAAACUGGAUGACCUGGACCUGUCUCCAGAGGGCCUGAGUGGAAGCGUGGGCGGCAGUGGUGGUGGGGUAGGAAUAGAAAACGGACCUCUUGUAGAAGUGGAUUCUCUCUUGGACAGUUCCUAUUGCUCUGUUGUUCCCAACCUUAACGGGAAUCUGGCAUCCAAAGACGACACGGCGGGCUCAGGUGUGGGAAUCGGAGCGAGCCUGGGGCUUUCGGGAGUCAGCAUGGAGGAGGACGGGAACAUGGGUCCUCUCAUCACAUUAGCCGAUGAGAAAGACAGCGUUCCAAGCAACAAUGGAUUUCUCUUCAGCAAGGUUGACGAGAAGCUGCUUCCAGCUCUGGCAUCCACAGAUCCCCUUGUUCUUCCAAAUCCGGACCAGCCCGUCCCGUCGGGCGUGGUCCCUGCUCACUCCGCCACCAGCGCCAGCGAUGACCUCAGCCUGCUGGCCCACAUGACCAGCUGUGACUCCGACUUAACACAAACCCAAAGCCACGCCACUGGGAAACUCCCCGAGGACGGACCGUUCAAGAUCCAGAGUCCUCUGGCUGACAUCAGCUCCAUCGCCGAAGCAGAGAGCCAGAACCAGCUCCAAGGAACAACCAGACCCGAAUUCCCGGAGGGGGAGAGCGCGUCUGGGCCAGAGGGAGAGACUGCAGGGCUGAAGACUGGGGGAGACACAGCCAGUACCACUUCUGAUACGGAGAGGUCAGAUGAUGGGAAGGACAAGGACACAAAGAAGAUCCAAACUACAGCCACCACCCAGGCCUUGCACGGCCGCACCGCCGCCCAGCUGGAGCGGGACCUGCGCGUCGACCUCGGCUUCCGGGGGAUGCCCAUGACGGAGGAGCAGCGGCGUCAGUUCAGCCCCGGCCCGCGCACCACCAUGUUCCGCAUCCCCGAAUUCAAGUGGUCCCCGAUGCACCAGAGGUUGCUCACCGACCUGCUCUUUGCGCUGGAGACGGACGUGCACGUAUGGAGGAGCCACUCCACCAAGUCAGUGAUGGAUUUCGUCAACAGCAAUGAAAACAUCAUCUUUGUGCACAACACCAUCCACCUCAUUUCUCAGAUGGUGGACAACAUCAUCAUCGCCUGUGGAGGCAUCCUCCCUCUCCUGUCAGCUGCCACCUCCCCCUCUAGUUCUAAGAGUAGUGCCAACACUAAGGCAGGAGGAGCCGGACCCCAGAGGGGUUCGAAGGGAGAGGAAGUGACCCCCGUUCCUGGGGGAGGAGGCGCCGGGGGAGAGACGGAGUUGGAGAACAUAGAGGCGACGCAGGGCAUGUCCUCGGAGACGGCGGUCACUUUUCUUUCCCGUCUGAUGGCGAUGGUGGACGUUCUGGUGUUUGCCAGCUCGCUGAACUUCAGCGAGAUCGAAGCAGAGAAGAACAUGUCGUCGGGAGGCCUAAUGAGGCAGUGUCUCCGCCUCGUGUGUUGCGUGGCCGUCAGAAACUGCCUGGAGUGCCGACAACGACAGAGGGAUCGAAGUUGCAAGUCUUCAUUAACCAGCAGCAAGUCGCAGGACAGCCUACACAGUGCCUCCACUGCCAGCAAGCAGGAUCCAGACAGACUCCUACAGGACGUGGACAUCAAUCGUCUUCGAGCCGUGGUCUUCAGAGAUGUGGACGACAGUAAGCAAGCGCAGUUUUUGGCACUGGCGGUCGUAUACUUCAUCUCAGUUCUCAUGGUGUCAAAGUACCGAGAUAUUUUGGAACCACAGCGAGAGAUCGGCAGGUCCACCAGCUUGUCGGGGAGAAGCAUCCGCCACGAGAUAAACUCCCCGACCAGUACAGAGCACCCGUCCACGGCCUUCUCGGAUCGUGACAAGCAGACCCCUACCCCCGUGGAUGACUCGCCCCUGGCCGGCCUCCCGCACACAGACUCGGGCAUCGGAGAAGAAGGACACGUGGCCGGGUCCCUGAAUGGCUCCGAGGUGGGCCUCGGCGGGCUUGGUUUGGGCCUGGUGGGGAGAGAGACGGACAGAGACCGAGACAGAGACAACGGAAGAGGAGGGAGUGGGGGAGGAGGCACGGACCUGCUGUGCAGCCUGUCGUCUGACGUUCGGAGGUCGCAGGAGAGCCUUCUGGAUUCUCCCCACGACCCCAGGUCCACUCCUAACUCGUGCCAAGCCCCGCCUUCAUCCAUCUCUAGCAUCAGCCAAACAAACAAAGGCAUCAAUGUUAAGGAGAUCCUGAAGAGCUUGGUGGCGGCUCCCAUUGACGGCGCGGAGCUGGGUCAGGAGUCCGGACCAACUCCCUACCACCCAGACCCCGCCCUGAAGACUCAUCCCAUGCUGCCCAUGCAGUUCCACUCCUUCGACAGGAGUGUUGUUGUUCCAGUGAAAAAGCCCCCGCCCGGCAGCCUGUCAGUCAACACGGUGGGCACACCCACCACCAGUGGGUCGGCCACUCCUGGCAGCACACCCAACAUUUUUGCUGCUGCAACAGCAACACCCAAGAGCAUGAUCAACACUACAGGUGCUGCAGACUCUGCCUCCUCAUCCUCUUCCUCCUCAUCAUCAUUCGUUAAUGGCGCUACCAGCAAGAAUCUGCCGGCAGUGCAGACGGUGGCGCCGAUGCCGGAGGACACCAUGGAGAACAUGAGUGCCUAUUGUGAGGUGGCGCAGUGUGCGCUGCGCAGCGGUCAGACGCCCCCUGAGCUCAAGUCUUUUAGCUCUCUGGCAGGCUUCCAGGCAGCCCCCCGAGAUGCAGGACAGUGUUUUAGCAUCACCACCAAGCUGGAGCGCGCCCUGGAGAAGGUGGCCCCCCUGCUGAGGGAGAUCUUCGUGGACUUCGCCCCCUUCCUGUCCAGGACGCUGCUGGGUAGCCAUGGGCAGGAACUGCUCAUAGAAGGUACAGGUCUGGUGUGCAUGAAGUCGAGCACGUCUGUGGUGGAGCUCGUAAUGCUGCUCUGUUCUCAGGAGUGGCAGAACUCAAUUCAGAAGAAUGCCGGACUGGCCUUCAUCGAGCUCAUCAACGAGGGGAGACUCUUGUGCCAUGCCAUGAAGGAUCACAUCGUCCGUGUUGCCAAUGAAGCAGAGUUCAUCCUGAACAGACAGCGGGCCGAGGAUGUCCACAAACACGCCGAAUUUGAGUCUAACUGUGCCCAGUAUGCUGCGGACCGCAGAGAGGAGGAGAAAAUGUGCGACCACCUCAUCAGCGCCGCCAAGCACAGAGAUCAUGUGACCGCCAACCAGCUAAAACAGAAGAUCCUCAACAUCCUGACCAAUAAGCACGGAGCCUGGGGGACGAUGUCCCAGAGCCAACUACACGACUUCUGGCGUUUGGAUUACUGGGAGGAUGACCUCAGGAGGAGGAGAAGAUUUGUGAGAAAUGCCUUUGGAUCCACACACGCUGACGUUUCACUAAAAACUCUGGAUGACUACGGCACAGAGGAGGAUGAGGAGGAAGGGGGCCUGAAGUCGAAGAAGACCUUCCGCAGUCAGUCGGUGGUCGCCCAGAAUCCCGAGGCCGAGUUGAUGCUGGAGGGAGACGAUGACGCUGUUAGUCUGCUGCAGGAAAAAGAGAUCGAUAACCUCGCCGGCCCUGUGGUUCUGAGUACUCCUGCUCAGCUGGUAGCUCCGGUGGUGGUGGCCCGAGGCACUCUGUCCAUCACCACCACAGAGAUCUACUUUGAAGUGGAUGAAGAGGAUCCUGCUUUCAAGAAGAUGGACGCUAAAGUGCUGGCUUACUCAGAGGGUUUGCACGGCAAAUGGAUGUUCAGCGAGAUCCGAGCCGUGUUCUCCAGACGUUACCUGCUGCAGAAUACAGGCCUGGAGGUCUUCAUGGCCAACAGAACGUCUGUGAUGUUUAACUUUCCCGACCAGGCAACGGUCAAAAGGGUCGUCUACAGUCUCCCACGGGUGGGAGUGGGAACGAGUUACGGACUUCCACAAGCCAGGCGUAUCUCCUUGGCCACUCCUCGCCAGCUCUUCAAGUCGUCGAACAUGACGCAGCGCUGGCAGAGGAGAGAGAUCUCCAACUUUGAGUACCUCAUGUUUCUAAACACAAUUGCAGGGCGGACCUAUAAUGAUUUGAACCAGUACCCCGUCUUCCCUUGGGUCCUGACCAACUACGAUUCAGAGGAGCUUGAUCUCACUCUGCCCGGCAACUUCAGAGACCUUUCCAAGCCAAUCGGUGCUCUGAAUCCCAAGCGAGCGGCGUUUUACGCAGAGCGCUACGAAACAUGGGACGACGACAGCACACCGUCUCACCACUACACAACCUUAUACUCCACAGCUAACUCCACAUUAAUGUGGAUGGUCAGAAUAGAGCCCUUCACCACGUUUUUCCUCAACGCCAACGACGGUAAAUUCGACCAUCCAGAGAGAGCCUUCUCUGGUAUCGGCCGUGCGUGGAGGAACUGCCAGAGGGACACGGCGGACGUUAAGGAGCUGAUACCGGAGUUUUACUACUUGCCAGAGAUGUUUGUAAACAGUAACGAGUACGAACUCGGCGUGCGUGAUGACGGCGUUCCUGUGAGCGACGUGGAGCUUCCUGUCUGGGCAAAGAAACCUGAAGACUUUGUCCGCAUAAACAGAAUGGCAUUGGAGAGCGAGUUUGUCUCGUGUCAGCUUCACCAGUGGAUCGAUCUCAUUUUUGGCUACAAGCAGCGAGGGCCAGAAGCGGUCCGAGCUCUCAACGUGUUCAACUUCCUGUCCUAUGAGGGAGCUAUAAACUUGGACAAUCUGGACACAGCACAGCGUGAGGUGAUUGAGGGUCAGAUUCAGCUCAGCGGUCAGGUCCCCUCCCAGCUGCUGAUAGAGCCGCACCCGCCUCGCUCCUCCGCCAUGCACCUGUGUUUCCUUCCCCAGAGCCCUCUGAUGUUUAAGGAUCAGAUGCAGCAGGAUGUCAUCAUGGUGCUCAAGUUCCCCUCCAACUCCCCUGUCACCCACGUUGCAGCCAACACGCUGCCCCACCUCAGCAUCCCGGCUGCCGUCACCGUCACGUGUAGCCGGCUGUUUGCCGUGAACCGCUGGCACAACACCGUCGGCCUCCGUGGAGCUCCAGGAUACUCGCUAGAACAGGCCCACCAUCUACCAAUAGAGAUGGAUCCCCUCAUAGCGAACAACUCAGGCGUGAACAAGCGGCAGAUCACCGACCUGGUGGACCAGAGCAUCCAGAUUAACACGCACUGCUUUGUGGUCACGGCCGACAACCGCUACAUCCUGGUCUGCGGCUUUUGGGACAAGAGCUUCCGAGUUUACUCGACUGAAACCGGAAAGCUGACCCAGAUAGUUUUCGGCCACUGGGACGUGGUGACGUGCCUGGCCCGGUCAGAGUCCUACAUCGGAGGGGACUGCUACAUCGUGUCCGGCUCCAGAGACGCCACUCUUCUUCUGUGGUACUGGAGUGGACGGCACCAUAUUAUCGGGGAUAACCCUAAUAACAGUGACUACCCCGCUCCCAGGGCGGUGCUGACGGGACAUGACCAUGAGGUGGUGUGUGUUUCUGUCUGCGCAGAGCUUGGGCUGGUUAUUAGUGGUGCCAAAGAGGGCCCGUGCCUGGUCCACACCAUCACGGGCGACUUGUUGAGGGCCCUGGAGGGUCCGGAGCUUUGCAUGCAGCCUCGCCUCAUCUCAGUCUCCAGCGAGGGACACUGCAUCAUCUAUUACGAGAGAGGCCGCUUCUGCAACUUCAGCAUAAACGGCAAGCUGCUGGCGCAAAUGGAAGUCAACGAUUCCUCCCGGGCCAUCUUGUUGAGUAGCGACGGCCAGAACUUGGUGACCGGAGGCGAUAACGGAGUGGUGGAGGUGUGGCAGGCGUGUGACUUCAAACAGCUUUACAUCUAUCCAGGCUGCGACGCCGGCAUCCGGGCCAUGGACCUCUCACAUGACCAGAGGACUUUAAUAACCGGCAUGGCCUCCGGAAGCAUCGUGGCGUUCAACAUCGACUUCAACCGCUGGCACUACGAACACCAGAACAGGUACUGAGGCGGACGGCAUGAGUUGGACAAGGGGAAGGAGUGCUGCAUCGCUGCUGUGCCUCAGCAUCACGAAGGAGGAGGAACCGCAGGUACCGAGACAAAAGGACUAUUUAGUUUCAGACCUUAGGCUCUAUUCCCUUGCAUUGAGGAUGCGACGGCGCUGCUGGGGAACGGCUUCCUCUGUGCACACGUGUGUAACCACAGACGCAUAAUAACCAGAAGACACACACCGAAAAAACCUGCUUCAGUAAAACAACAGAGUGGCUGCGACAUGAGGGCAGAGGGCGAGCGAAGCAGAGGUCGAUCCUCACGGGACAGAUCGAUUUCACUGUUCCUGGUACGUUUAAAUCAUCGCAUACUCAAGUCUUUUUUUUCUUUCUUUACUUUUUCUUUCCCUUUGUUUAAUUUCUAACUUUUUUGGAGUUUUGUUUAUUCAUUAUUUGGGUGGACUAUAAAUUCAAAUUAUUUUCUUGUCUCUAAACUGAUGCACCAGCCUCUAAACAUUGUCCAGAAGUCGGUGCUAUUGGCUUGAUCUUAAAUUUAGCCCUGAAAAACGAUCCAGAAUGUUGAUUUGGUUUUUAAUCUUCUUUAAUUUUAUCUGCCUAGGUUAUUAUUAUUAUUGUUGUUGUUGUUUUUUUUUUUACCCAAAUCUGAUUUUAUGUAAAUAAGGCUCUUCCUCCAUCAGAGUCACACUCGUUCUUUCACUGCACAAACUGCGCUUCUCACCUUUAAUUUAUUAAUGACUUGCUGUAUGUAAAAUACUGUGUAAUAAUUAUUAUAAUGUCGACAAGACUGAUGGUAAAAAUGGUGGUAUCAAGUUUUUUUUUCCUUUUGCUUAUUUUUUAUUUUAUUUUAUUUUAAUUUUUUUUUUUUUGCUGAAGACGGUUAUUAUAAAGAGCUCUUCUUUUUUUUUCUGUGCCACCGAGGAUGACAAACACGAGACUGACAUGAUUUCCUUUGUAUAUUUGGUGAUUGUUUUGUCAAAUAUGUACAUAAGGUCUUGGUUGAGGCUUGGCAGGAGGCUUUCUGGGCUGAAUGGUACUGAACGUGCAAAGGAAACCUUCACAUACCCACGUUUGUUGAUUAUUUAAAAAAAAAAAGUAGACAAAAAAAGAGAAACACCUCAGUUGUAAAAGUUUGUUUUGUAUCUGCACUUUGCACCAAUCACAUAUCAUUAUUUAUUAGCUUGGUUCUUUCUGGUCGGCCGCCUUUCUGUUUAGGCUCCACACGUUCGUUUUCAUUUAUUUCUUCCUCCGGGGGAUUAUUUGUGCAUCGAUGUUUGUACUUUAGGAAAAAACCGUCGCGCUCAUGUGUGAUUCUUCAGUUUUACAACCUCACAGUUGUAAGCAAUAUCAUGAUUCUGUAGCUGAUAGAGACGGCGAGGAGGAGAGAGGACGGCGUGUGACACGUACUGUAUGUGUGAAGCCAUCAUGAUCAAACGCGCACAUGCACAUACUCUUAUCGACAGGUUCAAACUUACGUAUCCAAAAAAAAAAGCUUAAAUAUUUUUGGAUCUAUGAAACCGUAAAAAAAAAAA